GCGAGCAACAACAUUGUUGAUUUCGAAUUGAACUAUGAAAAUCACAUUCUCUGUUCUGGCCUGGGCAACAAUGGUGCUGCUAUUGUGUACGACACAGGCGCAGCAGGAGGAAGAGGGUAUCGAUGAGGUCGCUGGUGCCGCCCAGGCAGGUAUUGGAAUUGCCGCUGGAGCUGCUGGUGGUGCUGGUGGUGGUGAACCAAAUGGUAGCGCUAAUGCUGGUGUUAGCCUGGGUGGUGCAGCUGGUGCCGCCAGUGUACCAGGUCGUUAAAUAGAAAACAUUUUCACGGCAUCGGUGUUCGACGUCGGCAUUUCCGUUUAAAAUGUCAUUUGUUAAAGUCCCAGGCAAAUAUUGCAUUUCAAUGGGUUCGAACGCCACGUAGUUCCACAAAAUUCGGUAGCACUUCAAUGGAAAAUGACAACAACAGUGACGUGUGGCAGCCUUAAUACCAUUUAAUGCCGUUUUAUGAAACACUUUUCAACACCGACACAAACAACAAUCGUUGCCGCCAUCGACGACGACGCCGCCGAUGCCAAUCGCUUCUCCGCUGUUGAAAUCGAUACGAAAAUAGAAAAUUCAUCAGCAAAUGUUAAAAAUAUCAUCGAAAAUUUCCACAUAAAUCAAGUGAUCAAUAAAAAAACCACAAUCAUUGUGAAAUAUGGCA